GGAAGCGGGGCAGUGGCUGGGCCGGGCGAGGGCGGACGGAGCCGCCAGCGGUCUCGGCUGCAGCCGCCGGCGCUGCUCGGUGCGCGGGCGCGCCCUGACCCUUCCUCUUUGGGCAGGCUCAGGGGCGCGCGCGCGGUCGGCGUCCCGGGGCCUCGAACUCCAGGGCCUCGACUGGGCAGGCCGCGGAUCGCCCAGCCUGCCCCGCGUGUGAGUCGGCCGGGACCCGGCCGCCGCCAGCCGCGGGCGCCACUGGAGCGGCGGUGCCCGAAGACGCGCCCCAGGCUCGAAGAACAGCCCUGCGCGGUCGCCUCGUUCUCUGCAGCCAAGCGGCGGAUGUUCUUUUAAAGAAUAUUGAAGACGAAGUUUUUUGUUUUGUUUUGUUUUUUUGUUUGUUUUUUAAUGGCUUUACAGAAUUUUAAAUUGAAUACAAUUUGACAUGACGGCAAAAAAUGUUGGUUUGACUUCUACAAAUGCAGAAUUAAGAGGAUUUAUAGAUCAGAAUCUCAGUCCAACAAAAGUUCCGCACUGUCCAAGAGAUUGCAGUAGCCUACAGCUGUGGAAAUGACAACCUACUAAAAGGAAUGCAGCAACUCAAAAGAGGGAAUAUCCCUGGAUAAUCAGAUUCCUCCUAUGGGGGCAGAACUAAUGGAAAAGGUAACGUUUCAUUUGUUGCAUUUCCAGUUUCCAGCACCAACUCACCAACAAAGAUUUUACCAAAAACCUUAGGACCAAUAAAUGUGAAUGUUGGACCCCAAAUGAUUAUAAGCACACCACAGAGACUAACCAGUUCAGGAAGUGUUCUGAUUGGGAGUCCAUACACCCCUGCACCAGCAAUGGUUACUCAGACACACAUAGCAGAAGCUACUGGCUGGGUCCCUGGUGAUAGAAAACGGGCUAGAGAAUUUAUAGACUCUGAUUUUUCAGAAAGCAAACGAAGCAAAAAAGGAGAUAAAAAUGGAAAGGGCUUGAGACAUUUUUCAAUGAAAGUGUGUGAGAAAGUUCAGCGGAAAGGUACAACAUCAUAUAAUGAAGUAGCUGAUGAGCUGGUGUCCGAGUUCACCAAUUCAAAUAACCAUUUGGCAGCUGAUUCGCAGGCUUAUGACCAGAAGAACAUUAGGCGAAGAGUUUAUGAUGCUUUAAAUGUGCUAAUGGCAAUGAACAUAAUUUCAAAGGAAAAAAAAGAAAUCAAGUGGAUCGGCUUGCCUACCAAUUCUGCUCAGGAAUGUCAAAACCUGGAGAUAGAGAAGCAGAGGCGGAUAGAACGGAUAAAGCAGAAGCGGGCCCAGCUUCAGGAACUUCUCCUGCAGCAAAUCGCUUUCAAAAACCUGGUACAGAGAAAUCGGCAAAAUGAACAGCAGAACCAGGGCCCUCCAGCUCUGAAUUCCACCAUUCAGCUGCCAUUUAUAAUCAUCAAUACAAGCAGAAAAACAGUCAUAGACUGCAGCAUCUCCAGUGACAAGUUUGAAUACCUUUUUAAUUUUGACAACACCUUUGAGAUUCAUGAUGACAUAGAAGUGCUGAAGCGGAUGGGAAUGUCCUUUGGCCUGGAGUCAGGCAAAUGCUCCUUGGAGGAUCUGAAACUUGCUAAAUCACUGGUGCCAAAGGCUUUAGAAGGUUAUAUCACAGAUAUCUCCACAGGACCGUCGUGGUUAAAUCAGGGACUGCUUUUGAACUCUACCCAGUCAGUUUCAAACUUAGACCUGACCACUGGUGCCACCUUGUCCCAAUCAAGUGUAAACCAAGGGUUGUGCUUGGAUGCUGAAGUGGCCUUAGCAACGGGGCGGUUCCUUGCCCCAGACAGUCACCAGUCCGGCAGUGCGGCCUCUCACUGCUCUGAGUCCCGAGGCGAGACCCCCUGUUCCUUCAACGACGAAGACGAGGAAGAGGACGAGGAGGAUUCCUCCUCCCCAGAAUAAAGACAGGCGCAAACCCACGUUCUACUUUUUGAUGCUCAUGUGUGUUUUUAGUGUGAGCUCUUGUGUUUGAAACGAUUGCUUCGGUCUUUGCCUUUGUUUGCACUGUGUGUUCAGUGAAAACUAGGGAAACACAAUAAGCAAAUUACCUGAAGGCUGAGAGGAUUGAGAUGAAAGUUAACGUAGUGUGAAUGAAAACUCUGAACGACAGAGCAGUAGAUCACAUGGCAAACAAAGCAUGUACUCGGAGGUGGCGGAGGGGAUAGUCCCUGAAUUGACAGCACGAACGCAGCGCAUUUAUCUUCCGUGAGGCGGGGCGCCGCGGCCCCCAAACCCACGCAGCCCUCCUUGUUGCCGAGGUGGCUCGGUGAACAGUCCCCAACGGCCGUGUGCCCCACGCCCCGCUCCCUGCUCUGCGCUGCCUUUCGCGAGGCGGAGCUGAACACGAGAGGUUCCCGGUGGGAGGAGCUGUACAGCGAGGGAUGGAGACCCUCGUGGCCCAAAGAGCGCAGAUUGAACCGCUGAACUAGGUGCAAGUCUAGUCGAGGUGCUUUACGCAUCAGCUGCCUUAGACGGCUUCUAGAAAGGAGCGAACGCUAAUUCUUGAGUACUUAAGUGACAUUUAGAAUAAUUUAUAGUCAAACUGAAAUGAUCACUAUUAGCCAAUGCAUUGGUGCAUAGAAUUUUCUAGGGCUACUUCUGGAAGCCAAAAUAGAAUAGCAUUUCCACGUGCAUUAAAUACUUUGCCAGCACUGCCUUUCGCCAGCAACCUAAAUCUGGAGUUUUACAAGAGAAGGAAAUUGUCUCUAUCGUUUUAAUCAGAGCUAUGCAUUUCAUACAGCUUUUUCACCUAGAACAAAACAAAGGAACAAGUCCCCGUGACUGAGUUGCUUGCUUAUAGUUCCCUGCCGUAAUUGUAUGAUUUCACCCAGUGUGCAAUUUGUGAAAAUGAACUGUCAUUACUUUUGUCUGAAAAGUAUUUCCAGAAUAUGAACAGCAAUGUUUUCCUGUA